AUGACCGCUGAGGACGCCGCGUUUCUACAGCGGCUUCUGGACGGGUUAGGCGAUGGUACGACGCCCAUGGCUGACACGGACGAGAAGCCGUCUGUUUGCUCCUCCGAUGUCGCCUGCGCAUUGCCGAACUAUGCAUCUGGGGAAGGAGGACCACCCCACAAGCUGAGUAGGUAUACGCGUGCCGAGGUGGUCGACGUCCGUGACGCCACAUACGACGGUCCGCGUGGCGUGGCCCCUGAAAAGGUACUUGGCUUGCACGUCCACCAAAGCUCCUCAACGCUCCUUGCACCGACGGCGAGACCAGAUGGCCCCAGUUUGUACUGGUCGCCUUCGACGCGAUGCAUGCCCUUCGUGCUGGCGGAAGCGCGGCUUCGUGAGGAAUGGCUUGCCACCGAUGUGCAUGUUGGCGAUACAAUCCAUGUCAUUGGCUCAUGGCAGAUGCACGAUACCAAGCCCACCAUCAUUCUGUCCUCGUUCGGAGCUACUGAUAUGCCUCUCCUGAUUCUUCAUCCUGACGUUAUUAUUUCUGCCUCUCGCUUAGCCAGUGUGGCGUCCUGUAUGCGCAAGCCUAUGCUGCAGGAGCGAAUUCGCACACCCAGUGAUUCUACGUAUGUGGCUGUCUUGGGUACAAUGGUCCACGGUCUCUUGCAAGCGUGUUUGGUAGCGAGCGGGGACGUGGACCCAGUCACUUCGCCGCUGCCGCCACCACUGCCCUUUGACGCGCCGUCUACAUGGACGCGACUCGGCAACUUUACUGCUGCCUUCCUCACCGCCGAGGUGGAGCGCCAAAUCACGCAAGCACGCUCGGCCUUGCUGUUGACGGGGGUAGGGACCGAGAAAGUCCGUCACGAUCUGUACGAGGCGAUCCCUUCGCUCUUGCGCUUUGCAGCCAAGUAUUUGGCGCCGCGCGACGGUGGGAAAGACACCGGUGCGGUGCUGGAAGAUCCACGCACUGGCACGCCCAUGCAUGCCUCGAUCCGCGAGGUGCUCAGCACGGAAGGCGAUAUCGUUUCGCCAAUGUAUGGCCUCAAAGGUCGAUUGGACGUCAUAGUGGAUGUGGCAGUACGUACGUCUACUGGCACCAUGCACGUCCCACUCCCCCUUGAAGUGAAAACGGGACGAGUGACGUCCAGUAUGGAGCAUAUGGCGCAAACGAGUUUGUACACUCUCUUGCUCAGCGAUGCCAUGGGCACGCACGUCGAUAUGGGGCUGUUGUUGUACGUCCAAAGCGAGGCCAUGCAGUGUGUACGACCGCAGCCCAAGGAGCUGCGCAACUUGAUCCUGGCCCGCAAUGAUAUGGCCGCCUACAAAGCCCGCAUGCCGCCGUUGUGGCAUGAGGAGGCCGCGGCCAGCGUCCCCAAUGACCACACGCUCUCGCCGGCGUCGGAGGACAGCUUUGCGUUUGCGCUGGACGAGGCAGCGCUAGCAGCUGUGCCGCUAGACGUGGAAGAGGUGCCUACGCCGUUCCUCGCGCCGCCGAUCGACAGCGCUUUUAAAUGUGCGCGAUGCUACUCUCGCGAUGCGUGUGCGCUGUACCGCCGAGUGUUUGAGACGCCGCCUACCGCGUCGUCUCCUGUAGCGGCCUUGUACGACGAAAGUACAUCGCAUCUUACGCCUACUGAUGUGGCUUUUUUCCGCCGUUGGGAUGCUCUGCUUUCGCGCGAAGAGCGGGGGUUGUCGCGCUACCAGCAUGAGCUGUGGACCUUAUCGGCAGACGAGCGAGCUGCGCUUGGCCGAUGUGUGCCGCAUGCGACCAUCCGGUCGCUUCGCGGUGCCCGUGUCGUCUUGGAUACAGGCACAGCACCUGGGCUCUUUGCGCCGGACGAUCUCAUUUCUUUGGCUGUCGCGCAUCCUGUUCGCGCCUUCCUUUCACGCGGUCGUGUCGUGUCGUUGGAGGGCACGAGCCUGCAGUUGGAGCUGGAGACGUCCAUUGCGCCAUUGCUUACGCAACUGCAAAUGCGGUACCGAUUCCAGAGCGUGACGUGGGCCCUGCGUGUCGACAUGGACGACUUGAUGGCGAUGAUGGGCGUGCCACGGUACAAUUUGGCCUGUCUUUUCUACCGAGAUGCGCCGCCGCGUGUGACAAAGCUGCGCGAGCGUAUUGUCCACCACGCGCCGCCUCACUGGGACGUACUUUCCAAGGCACACCAAGCGAGUGUGCAGCGGUGGGCCGCUACGUGCAAUGCAGAGCAGCGCCGCGCGAUUGAACGAGCACUUUCAGCGCAAGACUACACGUUGGUCCUCGGCAUGCCUGGCACAGGCAAGUCGACGACCAUUGCCGUGUUGGUUCGUCUUCUCGCAGAGUUGGGCCAGCGUGUUCUCUUGUGCAGUCAUACGCAUUCCGCUGUCGAUACCAUUGUCGCGAAGCUCGUCGAUACACCGGUCCUGCGCCUCGGCCCACUCCACCGCAUUCACCCCCGCGUACGUUCGUGUGCGUUGGCAGCGCGUCUCGGCCAGGAGGCCAGUGUCGAGGCCUUGCAGCGCAUGGUCAGCACGGCUCCCAUUGUCGCUGCGACCUGCCUAGCUACGUCCGACGCGGCGCUGGCCCUGCAGUCGUUUGACGUGUGCAUCAUAGACGAGGCGAGCCAGAUCACGCUGCCGACCUGCGUUGGCCCCCUGCGCCUGGCCAAUCGGUUUGUCAUGAUUGGCGAUCACCACCAGCUUGCGCCGCUGGUCCGCGACGCCGAAGCGGCCGAGCACGGCAUGCAUACCAGUCUGUUUCAGCAGCUGUGCACACGCUACCCUGACGCCGUGGUAGAGUUGUGUGUGCAGUACCGUAUGAAUGCAGCGAUCAUGCGGCUGAGCAAUACCCUGAUCUACCAAGGCCGCUUACAAUGCGCUGACGAACACGUAGCACAGUCGUGUGUCCCAUUGCCGACGAAACCCGGUGUGCCGCCUUGGCUGCAAGCGGUGUGUGCGCCCUCGCAGCGCGUUCUUUUUGUGGAUACCGAUCGUGUGGGGGCAUACGAACAACGUACAGACGCCCUGGUCGAGAACGAGAAGGAGGCGUACAUCGUUCAAGCGUGUCACCAAGCGUUCCUGGACCACGGGCUAGAUACGUCCGAGGUGGGGAUCCUCACGCCUUACCGACAGCAAGCGAAAGUGCUGCGUCGGAUCUGCCCCACCGCCGAAGUGCUGACCAUCGACCAAGCCCAAGGUCGCGAUUGGCGUAUUGUGCUCCUAUCUCUGGUCCGCUCGAACGAUGGUGGGCACAUAGGCGAGUUGCUGCGUGAUCGGCAGCGCGUGAACGUCAUGCUUACGCGCGCGCAGUCCAAGCUGGUGCUGGUAGGCAGUCGCUCGACCAUGGCUGCAGGGCCGACCGCCACCGUGAUGACGCAAUGCCUCGCGCUCCUGGCCGAGAGCGACGCCAUCGUGGAAGCGGUCGUGAAUGCGCCGGUGUGCCGACCUGCGCCCUCAUCACCGGCACGCACACGCACCGUGAAAAAAGCGCGGCGUAGUCCGCCUGCAGGGAUCGUACGCGAAGUGCUGGAAGAGCAGGGCGUGCCGCGUUUGUAA